AUGGCGUGGCGGGUCGGGGCGAUGCGGGCGGCGGCGGCGGCGGCGGCGGCGGCGUGGGGGGGGCUGCGGGGCGGCCUCCGUCCGGGGGUCUCCCCGGGGGUCUCCCCGUGGCCGUGCCCGUCCCGCGGCUUCGCGUGGGAGGCGUCCCGGGCGCGCGGGGGCGUUCCGGGGGAGGAGCGGGUCCCGCUGAGCUUGGAGGUGCGGCGGCGCGUGGAGCGCCUGGCGCUGCUGCCCCCCAGCGACGGGUUGGGGCUGCGGCGUCUGGAGGCCUCGGUCCGCGCCGCGCGCCGCCUCCGCCGCCUGCCCACCCACGGGGUGCCGCCCAUGGACUCCCUGCUCGAGGACAGGUGCCUGUACCUAAGAGCCGACGAAGUGGCAGAAGGCAACUGUGCUGAAGAGCUGCUGCAAAACGCCAGCCGGACCGUCGAAGAAUAUUUUGUAGCCCCACCAGGUAACAUAUCUAUGGAAGACGAAUGAGCAAGAGCCUCUGGUACGGACGUAGCGCCGACACUUUGGAAAGGACCGUAAUGGAAGCGUGAAGGCCCAUGGAUGAUGCUCUGCCCUGUGACAUUAAAGGGUAUUUGUGCUAUUGAA